GUGCAGUCUUGAAUGAUUCAGUAUGAAACAAGACAUUAAGUACUAUGGGUUGAGGAACCAAGGAGCAACAUGCUACCUGAACAGUAUUCUGCAGGUUCUGUUUAUGACCAAGGAGUUCAGAGAGGCUGUAGAAAGAUGUCCUAUAGACCAUAAAGAUCGCAUUGAUGUUCAACUGCAUAGUUUGUUUGAAAGUUUAAAGGAAAGAACAUCAGAAACCAGAGACGUAACAAGGAAGCUGGGGAUAGAAAGAGUGAAUGAACAGUAUGAUGCUGGUCAAUACUUUGAGAAGAUUUUAUCUAUGGUCAGUGAUGAAGCAUCAAAGGUAUUUAAAGGACACCUGACCCACAGGACUGUCUGUGGUGGAUGUUCUGCACAUACUGAAGAAGAUGCACCAUUUUGGUAUCUUUCUCUUCCACUGAUGGAUUCUAGUGAUCAAAACUACAGUGUGGACAUACAGGAUGAGGAUGAUGACAUCACUGUCCAUGAGCCAAACAUGACAGGAAUAGAUAUUCCAUCAGUGGACUAUCCUCUGUCAGAGCAGAGCAUCAAUGGGCUUAGGGACACCACUGAUAUCACUGGACCUUCACAAUCAGGGCCAUGA